CGCUGCGGUUCCGGUUCCGGUUUCAACUCCUGGGCCCCGCGGUACGCAGCUAUGGCGUACUCCACCGUGCAGAGAGUGGCUCUGGCCUCCGGGCUCGUCCUAGCUGUAUCGCUGCUGCUGCCCAAGGCCUUCUUGUCCCGCGGGAAGCGGCCGGAGCCGCCGCCGGGCCCCGAAGGAAAACUGGGCCGAUUUCCACCUAUGAUGCAUCACCACUCAGCACCUUCAGAUGGUCAGAUGCCUGGGGCUCAUUUCCAGAGGUCCCACCUUGCAGAGGCCUUCGCAAAGGCCAAAGGAGCAGGUGGAGGUGCUGGAGGAGGGGGUAGUGGAAGAGGACUGAUGGGCCAGAUCAUUCCAAUCUAUGGCUUUGGAAUUUUUUUGUACAUACUGUACAUUCUAUUUAAGCUUUCAAAGGGGAAAACCGCAGAGGAUCGGAACUGCUCCACUGCCCCACCUGGGAACUCUCACAGGAAGAUUACCAACUUUGAGCUUAUACAACUGCAAGAAAAACUAAAAGAGACAGAAGAAGCCAUGGAAAAAUUAAUCAAUAGAGUGGGACCUAAUGGUGAGAGCAGAGCACAGACUGUGACAUCUGACCAAGAGAAACGAUUAUUGCAUCAGCUCCGAGAAAUCACCAGAGUCAUGAAAGAAGGCAAGUUCAUUGACACUUCUACUCCAGAGAAGGAAGCCGAGGAAGCCCCUUACAUGGAGGACUGGGAAGGUUACCCUGAAGAGACUUAUCCAGUGUAUGACCUUUCCGAUGGUAUCAAGCGUAGGCAAGAAACAAUCCUGGUGGAUUACCCUGAUCCGAAAGAGCCCUCUGCUGAAGAAAUAGCUGAACGGAUGGGAGUGAUGGAAGAGGAAGGGUCAGAGCAUUUGAGCUGGGAUCAUUUGCCCACUGACCCUGGAGCCCAGAAAGAUAAUUCUGUCACCCUGUGUGAUCCUAAACCAGAAUCAUGCUCCUGCUGUUUUCAUGAAGAGGAGGAUCCUGCUGUCUUGGCAGAGAAUGCUGGUUUCAGUGCAGAUGGCUACAGUGAGCAAGAGGAAGCCACCAAGGAAGACUGGCCCCAAGACUUUACAAAUGAAGGGUCGGGGAUCAGCACUGAUAGUACACACAUGGGUGGCAUGUUGAGGAAGCGCAACCCCCAGAGUUUAGAGUGAAAGCAGCCUGUUUGAUGAAGUAUCCAUUACUCUAUUCCCAAGGUAUCUUUCCUGAAUUUCAUCCAUGGCCCUGUGCCCUCUACUUCCUUCUCAGUGUUCAGAAUCAUAGUUGUUGGGCCACUGCCAUGGAUAUUAUCUAUCCUUCCUGGUGCUUGCACACCUGUCACCUUGUAAAGUAGACAUGAGUGUGAACACAGGACAGCAACCUUUCUCUUCCUGCCUUUCCACAUCAGAGAUACUAACUCAUUAGGUAAUUAUACUUGGUUGAUUGUGCUUGGAGGUGGUACCACCUGUGCAAAGAUCUGACCCCUCAUAGGAAUAACAGAUGGUUUACCUGUGAAUGAGCAUUAGAUUAGCAGAUAUUGGGACUUAAGGUUUUAAGAAUGAAGAUUUUAGACUCUCAAAUGCCUUAUUCUUUGGGCCUUUUGAAUAGGUUAGUAGUCUCCUGAGGAGAAGAGCAUGCUCAAUUGUGAGGAUAAGGGGCCCAGAGCACAGAAAGCCAGCCUCCCCUCAGAGCCUUCUAGGUUAAGAUACCCUGGCUCCUUGGGAGCAGCAGGCUAUGAACACACAAGCCCAUGUGGAGACCGUUUUGCCUGUAUACUGCCUUGAUCCCUAGCCUCCUCUGUCCUUCCUUACUCAUGUAACAGGACUGCCAAACCCAGAAGCACCUUUGUACGACUGGUGGUCGGUGGCUAGGGCUGUCUGAGGCAUAAGUACUAGUCUGUGUCCCACAAAGAUGGAGUUUGAAGCUGUUAAAGCUACAGAGUGGCCUAAGUAUAGUAGUGGUCCUUCCAUGAGUUCAGGUGGCCAGGGAACCAUGUCUUUGUGAGACAAGAUGAAACCUGUGAAUCCUAACAAGGGGGAGUCAGUUCAGUUACAUGUGAGACCUGCAAGUUGAAAGAAGGCGUCUCCAAGGACAUCCCAGGCAUGAAAUGGGAAACGCAAAAAUUAAGGAAUCCUGUGAAGCUGGAUACAUUCUUUAGAGUUCUAUUGUGCCUGGCAUGAAUAUGACACCAGAAGACACUUUGGUCCCAUCAGAAGGUAUGGGACCACACUAAGAUAGUUGGCUGCUACAAAGCUUUACGUGUUAGUUGAACUAAAAAAGGCUCUGAAGAUUGAGUCUAAAAAUACACUACACUGCAUCGAUCCCUGUAUAAACCAUUUGACUAAAAUUGUGAAGAAUGCAGUUACCGUGUACUGAAGAUAGUCUCAGCGUAACUAACACUAAGGGUAAAAAACAAUGUAAGUACUCUUGUUUUGGUAAAUUAUUUUCUGUGUGAUUCCCUCAUCCACUGUGUGAAGUUGAUUUAGGAUAGCCCUGGAUCCUCACUCUUGUUCAUUUGUCAGACAGUUGCCUGUGCUGAGUACUUAGAAGACUGGAUUUGUCCCUGGAAGAGUUCCAGUUUAAUAUGGGAGCCUGACAGAUGCACUGUAGACUGUAGGAAGGCUCGAGAUUGGGGAUUCUUCUGGGUCCUGAUCCUCUCCUGCAACGCUGGCUGUAGAAUUUUGGAUUGGCUCCUUAAGCAGUCUGAGCCUGGUCUGGGCAUCUGUAAAGUGAGGGUAGUAAAACACAGGUCUCACAGGGUUGUAAGCUGUACAUGAACUCGUCAGUGUGCAUAGGGCAGCCUGACUAGCUCAUGCAUAACAGCAUAUCAUGUGGUAGCUAUUUUAUUAGUGUGGACCCAAAACUACAGGACCAUGGAAGAACAGGAAUGUUUCUGCCAAAGUACCAAAAAUUUCAGAAGAGACACUGUGGCAUUCUAAGAACAUGAGCAAGGAAGAGAAAGGACAUUUUAGCAGAAACAGUGGGUUAGCAAGGACAGUGGAAUGUGUAGAUGGAUAUUCAGCUGAAAAGUGUUACAGAGUCAACUCUGUUGUUAUUGGGGAUUAGCCAUGGAAACAGUUCCUGCCAGAAAGACCAAAUGCAUAUAGGAGUAUAUUUGUCUGUAUACACCUGAAACUUCAAUGUACCUUUCAGUAAUUUAGAAUGUAGGCAUUAAUUUAUUAAUUAAUUUAUUUAUAUUUGUCAGAAUGCUAUCCUUUGGAUAUGAUUUUACAUGUAUAUCCAGUCCAGGGGACUGGUUUUCAUUGUGAUAUUCAUUUCUCAGUAUUAAAGGCUGCAGUCUUCAUCAAGGCCUUGCCAUUAGGUCUGCAGUGACCUCUGGGGCACUGUAGCAGUAGCUGGCCUAAAAAGCCACUGCACAUCACCUAGACCCAUGCUUGGUGAUCAGCCAGAUCCCUUACCAUGGUCAUAGGAGGAACCCAGGACAGUGCCUCAUUAUAAUGCUCAGGGACUAGGUCUGGAGGUAUGCUGAGGGAUAGAGAUGGAUUUAACCUCUGGCAGUAAUGGCUUAUCAGAACCAUGUUCUUUGUGCUUAAACUUAGGUGAUAAUUUAUGGUCUGCACUCAGACACUUUGAAAAAAGGAACUUAAGUAACACAUAUGGCAUACUUAAUAUUUUCAUAUCACUGUGACAAAAUAUCUAACAAAGGCAACUUACUGCAGGAAGAGCAUAUGGUUUGAGGAUAGUCCUUCCUGGCAGCAGGAGCCAUGAGGACUGGUUCAGUCAGGGAGCAGAGAGAUUAAUGCUAGCACUUGGCUUGUUUGCCCUCUUUUAUUCAGUCUGGGACCCCAGCCAGUGGGAUGCUGCUGCCCACAGUGAAGAUGGGUCUCCUCCUCAACUACAUCAUCUUGUAAAGUGUCAUAGACAGGUGUGUUUCCAUGGUAUUCUGAAUCCCAUCAAGUUGGCAACUGAGAUUGACCAUAGAGGCAACAGGUGUAAACCAAGAUCUUCCUGGACAUGUGUUCUACAAAUUUAGGAUUUUUUGUAGACUAAACAAAACUCUUUCCCCUUUUAGAACAUCUUGUAUAUUGUCUUUCUUCCUCACAAAGGCAGAAGCUAUAGGAGUCAGGCCAUGGUUCAGGUAGAGAAUGCAUUUAAGUCACAUUAAAAACACCUAGAGAGAUGGCUCAGCCGUUAAGAGCACUGGCUGCUUUUCUAGAGGUCCUAAGUUCCCAGCAACCAUAUGGUGGCUCACAACCGUUUAUAAUGAGAUCUGGUGCCCUCUUCUGGCCUGCAGGGAUACAUGCAGGCAGAACUUACACAUGAUAAAUCUUAAAAAAAAAAAAAAAAAAAAAACCCUAAUUAUCAAUCUACUCUUCAAUUCACCUUUUGACAAUUUGUAUCUACAAAGAAUAUUUUGUGUUCCACCUGUUGAACAGUGAUAACAGUGAAUCAGCUAUCCUGUAACCUUGGCCAUAAGCAUGUCUAAAAAAUACUUUAUUAUCAAGAAAACAGGCCAUUCUUUCACUUCAUAGGGCACCAGUUUCCUUGUGGAUGGACUGGGAUCAUGCCCACCUUAUAGGACUGUCAUGGAGUGUCUGUCCCAGAGUGAAAUGUGCACCUUCACUGUCUUGAAUCUCUUGCUGCUGGACUGUCCCACUUGAUACCUUCUGCAAGGCCACUCUUGACUACCGGGAAUGGUCCAGGGUCACUCUGUGGGGUAUGUGUGACUUUGUGAUGACUCCCUUCAAGAGUAGACCAUUAGCUUUGAGGCUUGCUUUCAGUAAUAAUUACAGGCUUCCUUCCAUCAUUUUGGCUUCAUAUCCACCACAGACUGAGAUUCCCACACAUGUAAAAAUCCUGUUUAAAUGGUUCCAGCUCUGGACAUGGCCUGGAAUCACAUGGCUGGGCCUUUUCCACCCUUGAGUCCUACAUCCCAGUUCUGUCUACAAGGACCAUGCCCACCAGGCACACUUAGGGACUAUUGGCCAGUUCCUUUGACAAGUGACCCAGAUGACCCUGAAGUAUCGUCUAGCCUCAUUUUUCCACACUGGAUGUGGCACCACAUGAGAAGAUAGUGUUGACCUGUAUGUCACUGGUUUUAAACACACAUGAGAAGACAGUGUUGACCUGUAUGUCACUGGUUUUAAACAGACACGAGAAGACAGUGUUGACCUGUAUGUCACUGGUUUUAAACACACAUGAGAAGACAGUGUUGACCUGUAUGUCACUGGUUUUAAACACACAUGAGAAGACAGUGUUGAUCUGUAUGUCACUGGUUUAAAACACACUCUGCGCCCUUUUUUGCUGCUCUUACCCACCGGACCCUUUGAAGCUCCUAGGAAUGCAUGGAAUGGAGAACAUUUUCAGGAGAGACGCAUUUUCUCCCUCUAUGAAAAACAAGGACACAGCAGUGAAACAGUUCAAGUUUAAUUUGUUGAUACACGUCUUUACUUAGACAAACACUAAAUUCUAUAACAUACAUAAUGUCAUUAUGGGAAAAUACCAAGUUUGUCAUUGCACAUACCAAUAAAUAAAUACAUUUGCUUCAGAAUACCAAAAA